GCAACGGGGCCGUGUCCGUGGUGUUUCCAGUCAGUUGACCUGGAAGGAGGGGUUCCCUGAACACAAAGGCAGAUACCGGAAGCGGACUCGAGACUCCUCAUCAAAGGUUGACAUAGAUGAGAUCAAAAAGCAGGUGAAGAUGGAGAUGUAUGGAGAGCUAAAGACUGAUAUCGAGUCUCAGGUGACGGUGAAGAUGUUUGGAAAGCUAAAGACCAUCUUCGAGUCUCAGGGAUUGUCAUUCCCUGAUUUGCUGGGGAGUACGAUGAGUGAAGAGAGAAGGGACAGCUUCGCUUGUACUGCAGCGGGUGCUUCUCAGAGUAGAGGGACAGAGAGGGCAAUUAUGCCUACAUCAGUGGAGCCGGAUACGAUAGAUGGCUUGGCUCGUCCGACCCGAUGCAGUCUUCUCGUGCAGCUGGUCGGAGAUUCAUCUUUCAUGGAGGUCGGGAACGGGCUUGUGUAUCCCGGUAUGUCCCAGCUUGAAGGUGUCCAGGUCAGGGCUGAUUGUGCUGUGGUCAAGAUUGACUACGUGCAUGAGUUUGCUAAGAAUAUCAAGCUGGAGGUGCCACCAGAUGACAUGACCACCACUUUGCGGGAUGCAGUUGCGAGAAGGGUUCAGUGGCGGAGAGCUGGUAUUCAUAUUGAUCCAGCAGAUGCAGAUUCAGUACCGACCAGUCAACCUCAGCCACAGAGUGCUGCAGUGCCACCGACGUUUUCUGAGCCAUGCCCACAGCUGCCGGAUACACGGGAAUCGUUAUCGGAACCGCAUCCUCCUGUCCCUACUCAGCCUCAGGCACAUGCAACAAGAGACAAGGAGUCGAACCGGAAAGAAGUGUGGGUACAUUGA